GUUACGAGGCGGCGGCGCGGCGGUUGGCUGCAGCCUGUGCUCGUCGGCCGGCGGAGCCCGCCUGCAGGCCCGGCGGCGGCCCGGGCGGGGGGAGGCGGCGCGACGGCGGCCGCGGGCGGCCCGGGGCGGGCGGGGAGGGCUCGGCUGCAGCACUCAGUGACCCCGUGGGACAGCCGCACAUCAUGGUGGACUACUACGAAGCACUGGGGGUGAGCCGCAAUGCCACUGCUGAGGACAUCAAGAAGGCGUACAGGAAGGCCGCGCUGAAAUGGCACCCUGAUAAAAAUCCAGACAACAAGGAGUAUGCUGAGCAGAGGUUCAAGGAGAUCGCUGAGGCGUACGAAGUGCUGUCAGACAAGCAGAAGCGUGAUGUCUACGACCGUUAUGGCAAGGAUGGACUCAUGGGGUCAGCAGGACCGGGGGGCUCCAGAACCGAUGCCGGAGCCCCUGAAUUCACCUUCACCUUCCGCAGCGCUCACGAUGUCUUCCGGGAGUUCUUUGGCGGGCGAGACCCCUUCGCUGACUUCUUUGAUGAGAUGCUGCCCUUCUCUGAGCUGCGAGGACCUGGUUCACGGCACCACGGGGGUGGCCACUUCUUUUCUUCCUUCCCUGGAUCCUCAGAUUUCUUCGCCUCGUCCUUCAGCUCUGGUGCUGAUGCAGGGCUGGGCUUCCGUUCUGUCUCCACCUCUACCACCUUCGUUAAUGGCAGGCGCAUCACCACCAAGCGGAUUAUCGAGAAUGGGCGGGAGCGGGUGGAAGUGGAGGAGGACGGGGAGCUGAAGUCAAUCCACAUUGAUGGUGUCCCCGACGACAUGGCGCUGGGGCUAGAGCUGAGCCGGCGUGAGCAGCAAGCCUUCCCUAGCCCGCGGCACCCCUCACCCCCACCGCCUGCCCCACACCGGCCCCCAAGCUCCUCGCCCGUCUGCCUCUACACGGACAGUGAGGAUGAGGAUGAGGACUUGCAGCUGGCCAUGGCCUACAGCCUCUCCGAGAUGGAGGCCGCAGGGCACCACCGAGCAGGUGGGCAUGGCCCUGGCUCCCUGCCGGCUCCAAGGGGCAGCCCCGGCACCCUGUCCUCCGCCCGCAGAGCCCGUGGUCCCCGGGGGGGGCCGGAGCAGGAACCGUCAGGGGCUGACAACCCUGCUGCAGCAGGGCAUGAACCUGCCCCCAAAGCAAACCAGUGGCACUGCCCCCUGCUCUGAGCACAGGGCUGGGGUUGUGCCCCCCACCGUGGGGCAGGGAGAGGAAAGGGGGUUGGGGGCUUGCUGCCUGGGGCUCAGCUCCUGCCUCGCCCAGCAAGGGAUGGGGUCCCUCCUGCCCUGCCUCCUUGCUGCUGCUCUGGUGGGUGGGCAGCUGGUGGCAGCCUGGGGUGGGGGCACUGCCAGAGUUGGGGGUUGUGGCUGGAAGAGGGGCCCUUGGUGGGUUCCUGGAAGAGGGGCAGCUCCCUGCCCUGGCUCCUGGAAGCGCGGGGUGCCCGGGGGCAGGCGUGCCCUGGCUCUGCCUGGUCCUCUUUCCCUGCCUGCCCUGCAGACAGGCAUGGGGUCCAGCCGGUGCCUCCCUGGCUGCUGCCUGCCCCUGCCUGAGCUGGGGAGUACUGGAUCAGGCCCUCCUUGCAAGGAGAGGUGUGCACGUUGGCUCUGCUUGGUGCCUUGUCUCUCUUUCCCCUCUGGAUGCUGUCACUCCUGCCUGUACCCUCUUCUCCUCUGUCCACCCCAUUGCAGACCCUGCCUGGUCACCCCCUUUCCUACGCCUUGCUCAGCUUGCAAGGUACUGUCACCCCCUCCUCCUCAACUUGGUCUCCAGACACUGUCCCUCCCUGCUUUCCGCAGCUGCAGUGACCCGCAGUGAUGCUCACAGGCGUUCCCACCCUCGCCGUUGCCCAUAGUCCUUGGCUCUCCUCCUGGGACCUUUCUCCCUCCCUACUCCUCUCCAGCCCUGGUCCAGGAAGGGUUUCAUGGGUGCUGUUGUGUCCCCCCUUCCGCUUGUCU